ACCGUGUGCUGGGACACCCCACAGUCAGCCGCAUGGCUCCCCUGUGCCCCAGCCCCUGGCUCCCUCUGUUGAACCCAGCCCCUGCUCCAGGCCUCACUGUGCAACUGCUGCUGUCACUGCUGCUUCUGGUGCCUGCCCAUCCCCAGAGGCUGCCCCGGAUGCAGGAGGAUUCCCCCCUGGGAGGAGGCUUUUCUGGGGAAGAUGAUCCACUGGGCAAGGAGGAUCUGCCCAGUGAAGAGGAUUCACCCAGAGAGGAGGAUCCACCCAGAGAGGAGGAUCCACCCGGAGAGGAGGAUCUACCUGGAGAGGAGGAUCUACUCGGAGAGGAGGAUUUACCUGAAGUUAAGCCUAAAUCAGAAGAAGAGGGCUCCCUGAAGUUAGAGGAUCUACCUACUGUUGAGGCUCCUGGAGAUCCUCAAGAACCCAAGAAUAAUGCCCACAGGGACAAAGAAGGGGAUGACCAGAGUCAUUGGCGCUAUGGAGGCGACCCGCCCUGGCCCCAGGUGUCCCCAGCCUGCGCGGGCCGCUUCCAGUCCCCGGUGGAUAUCCGCCCCCAGCUCGCCGCCUUCUGCCUGGCCCUGCGCCCCCUGGAACUCCUGGGCUUCCAGCUCCCGCCGCUCCCAGAACUGCGCCUGCGCAACAAUGGCCACAGUGUGCAACUGACCCUGCCUCCUGGGCUAGAGAUGGCUCUGGGUCCCGGGCAGGAGUACCGGGCUCUGCAGCUGCAUCUGCACUGGGGGGCUGCAGGUCGUCCGGGCUCGGAGCACACUGUGGAAGGCCACCGUUUCCCUGCCGAGAUCCACGUGGUUCACCUCAGCACCGCCUUUGCCAGAGUUGAGGAGGCCUUGGGGCGCCCCGGAGGCCUGGCCGUGUUGGCCGCCUUUCUGGAGGAGGGCCCAGAAGAAAACAGUGCCUAUGAGCAGUUGCUGUCUCACUUGGAAGAAAUCGCUGAGGAAGGCUCAGAGACUCAGGUCCCAGGAUUGGACAUAUCUGCACUCCUGCCCUCUGACCUCAGCCGCUACUUCCGAUAUGAGGGGUCUCUGACUACACCGCCCUGUGCCCAGGGUGUCAUCUGGACUGUGUUUAACCAGACAGUGAUGCUGAGUGCUAAGCAGCUCCACACCCUCUCUGACACCCUGUGGGGACCUGGUGACUCUCGGCUACAGCUGAACUUCCGAGCGACGCAGCCUUUGAAUGGGCGAGUGAUUGAGGCCUCCUUCUCUGCUGGAGUGGACAGCAGUCCUCGGGCUGCUGAGCCAGUCCAGCUGAAUUCCUGCCUGGCUGCUGGUGACAUCCUAGCCCUGGUUUUUGGCCUCCUUUUUGCUAUCACCAGCGUCGCCUUCCUUGUGCAGAUGAGAAGGCAGCACAGAAGGGCAACCAAAGGGGGUGUGAGCUACCGCCCAGCAGAGGUAGCCGAGACUGGAGCCUAGAGGCUGGAUCUUAGAGAAUGUGAGAAGCCAGCCAGAGGCAUCUGAGGGGGAGCCGGUAACUGUUCUGUCCUGCUCAUUAUGCCACUUCCUUUUAACUGCCAAGUAAUUUUUUUAAAUAAAUAUUUAUAAUAAAA